UGUAGCCCGCACGGUCUAUGUGGAGCGGGUUGUCUGUUGUUGCUACAUAAGAGAGGCAGCCUCCAGGCGGAGUGUGAGAAACAGUUUACCUCAAGAUUGUUUUUCUUUCUACUAACAAAAAGGAUUUCAAGCGUUUGCACUGAUGUAGCAUUAGCAGCUUGACUUAUUGAACUCAUCCGGACAUUAGUCAGUAAUCCCGUAAAUUCAACUGGAUGCUGGCAGUCUCUUGGGUGGGGCUAACUUCGGAUGACAGUACACGGGAGCAGAUAAAUACAACCGUACAGGAUCAGUUUAAAUCAACGAGGGCGGCUGGUGGGUAAAGCCAUGACCAAGCCCGAGUCGAAGAAAAGCGGCAUGGCGGCGAUCAGCUCUACCGGCAAGUGCGCCGCAUCCGCCGCCGCCGCGCAGGUCAACAACGGUCUGGUCGAGCCGGAUUGUCCGGAUCACAGCACACACAUCAGAGCUAAUGUGAUGAAGCAGACGUCCAGGGAGAGCAUGAAUUGGAGAAACACUGGAGUGGAUUGUGAAGUCUAUGACGACGGGACCAACACCUUUUUCUGGCGAGCCCAUACUGUGACAGUGCUGUUCAUUCUGACCUGUGCUCUGGUCUACGUCACGCUGCUGGAGGAGACACCCCAGGACACGGCCUACAACACUAAGAGAGGGAUCGUGGCGAGCAUCCUGGUGUUUCUCUGUUUUGGAGUGACGCAAGCCAAAGAUGGGCCCUUCACCAGACCACAUCCAGCUUACUGGAGGUUCUGGCUUUGCGUCACUGUCGUCUACGAGCUGUUCCUCAUCUUCAUCCUGUUUCAGACGGUGCAUGAUGGACGACAGUUCAUGAAGUACAUUGACCCCAAGCUCGGGGUUCCCCUGCCCGAGCGUGACUAUGGAGGAAACUGCCUCAUGUACGACCCAGGCAACACCACCGACCCCUUCCACAACAUCUGGGACAAGAUGGAUGGCUUUGUUCCAGCUCACUUCCUGGGAUGGUAUAUCAAGACUCUGAUGAUUCGUGAUUGGUGGAUGUGUAUGAUAAUCAGUGUCAUGUUUGAGUUCCUGGAGUACAGCCUGGAGCACCAGUUACCUAACUUCUCAGAGUGCUGGUGGGACCAUUGGAUCAUGGAUGUGUUGCUGUGUAACGGUCUGGGGAUCUACUGUGGCAUGAAGACCCUGGGCUGGUUGUCCAUGAAGCCCUACCAGUGGCAGGGCCUGUGGAACAUCCCCACAUACAAGGGUAAGAUCAAGCGCAUAGCGUUCCAGUUCACUCCGUACAGCUGGGUGAAGUUUGAGUGGAAGCCUGCUUCAAACCUCCGUCGCUGGCUUGCUGUGUUAGGCAUUAUCUUCAUGUUCCUCCUGGCAGAGCUGAACACCUUCUACCUGAAGUGUGUGCUGUGGAUGCCUCCUGAACACUACCUGGUGCUGCUUCGCCUCGUCUUUUUUGUUAAUGUAGGAGGAGUAGCCAUGAGGGAAAUCUACGACUUCAUGGACGACCCGAAGUUCCACAAGAAGCUUGGCCAGCAGGCGUGGCUGGUGGCCGCCAUCACAGUCACCGAGUUCCUCAUAGUGGUCAAGUACGACCCCAACACCAUCAUGCUGCCCCUCCCCUUCUUCAUCACGCAGUGCUGGUUCUUAGGAAUCCUCCUCAUCUUUACCUGGACCCUGUGGAGGUUUUUCAUCCGUGACAUCACACUCCGGUACAAAGAGACCCGUCGACGCAACCAGGAAGUCCCCACGGACCGAGAGCGUCCCCUCGGCAACGGCAACACAGCCACCCCGUCUGGACGCAGCAAACUGAACGGCAGCUCCGAGACGGUGCGGCUGAGGAAGUCCUGAGGGGGUGGUGGGGGUGGGAGGGAGGAGGAGGAGGAGGAGGAGGGGGAACGCAAGUCGUCAGCGGGCGGUCGGCAGCAGCUGAAGAGGAACAGGACGGCGUUUGGUGGGAGAAAUGAGAAGACUGAAGGGGAAUGGUGACACAAAGAAACAUGCAGAGGCAAACAGAUGGACACAUGUACGUGCUGUGUAGACUUUCUUUGUGCCGACACGAACCAAGUAGUGAUUCGACAGAGGCGAGCGGCGCGAGGGGCCCGUUUUCAUUUCGGUGCAUUGUCUAGUUAUCGUCUUACUACAGGGAUUUACCUCAUUGUAUUUUUUUUCAAGAGCAUUUUGGGGAAUUAUACACAGCACAAGAUAAAUGUUGUUUUAUUUAUAGGUUAAGGAAACCCGCUGAAUCAAAGAGAGGUGCAGCGGUGGAAGGAGGGAUAUAGGUGACCAGGGACGUUAGACCGACUCGUGACCAAUAAUGCUCAUUUUCUCAGCUGCACGCUUUGUCUUAGAAAACAAAGAGGCGAGCGUCAGAAUCAUGUCCGCCACUGUAAAUAUGUUCUGUGGGUCGUGUGCAGGUGAGAGUAUUCGGAGCAGUGGUGAGUUUCUGGGGGGUGUAGGUAACUGAUGUUCAGUGGCCGCACUACAGCCAGCAGUGAGAACUGAACUUGGUAAUUGUUCAUAAUUGUCUCCUUUUCUUCUUCUUCUUCACAGUUUAGUGUUCUCUUCUCUUAGGUUUGCAGCCUCCUGAUACAUCGUUUACAUGUGGGGGAGACACUGUCAGCUUUUUCAUUUUAUAGUUCAAGGCUCUCAUUCCUGGAAACGGAGCCUCGAGGUGCUUGUAGGUCUCUCGCUGAUACAGAGAGGAACAACAGGCCAGAGCCUUUCUCUCCUCAUAAUCAAGAUGUAGCAUAUUGUAGUUCUUUAACUGCUGUAUUGGGAAUAGUUUGGGAGUUUUGUUAUCACUACUUUUACUUCUUUAAUUCAAUUAUGAACAUUAGAUUGUACUGAAGUUCCCUUUUUGAGGAACGAGGCCCGUAUGGAGCUCUCUGACGAACACAUCCAUGACAAUCAGACUGACAGAAAGCUGCGCUCGCUGCACAUACAGCGCAGCAACCAAUGUUCCUCCACUGUAACACGAAUAAGGCCGAGCUCAUCGAGUCGCAUCAGAACGUUUGACAUCCGAUUCCUUUUUAUGCCAAAUGUUUCUCUUUUUUUUUUUAAUCAACUCUUUCAUUUUUUUUAUCCUGGUCUGUUGUGUCUGAAUUUAGCUGAAUGAAAUGAAAGCCAACCUUAUAUUAAGAAGGGGGGGAAAUGAGGAUUUAGGUUCAGUUUUGGUUUGGCGGGGGGGGGGGAAGAGAAGCAUCCUCUUCCAGCUCUAUGGGGACGCCAUAUUGCACAUGCAACAAGCCAAAGCUUAGAUCCCAUUCUUUCUAAAGCCAUAAAUGCUACUCAGACCCACUUGAGCCGCUCACACAGCUGUCGAACCUCGUUCAGAUUCCUUUUCAUUUCAACUGAAGCCAGAGUCCCUCAGUCGCGUCAGCAACUUUUACGUUCCAAAAGGAAAGUUACAUCCGGGGGUUAUGUCUAAGAAUUGAAGUCCUUAACUCCCUUUUUUUCUUUAACAAUGAUUAUAUAUAUAUAUAUAUAUAUAUAUAUAUAUAUCUAAAUAUGUGGAAUUGUCGGUUUCAAAGUUAUUAAACGUAGGGCGGUGUUAGUCGACUGAACAUUAAUCAACUAUUCUGUGAUUUUCUUUUCAAGCAAAGAUGCCAAACAUUCUCUGGUAGCAGCUUCUCCAAUGUGAAAAUCCGCUGCCUUUUGAGAGUCGACUGAAUAUCUUUGGGUUUUGGACCGUCGGGCGACAAAAGAAGGAUUUCUAUUUAAAAGAAAUGACCUUAUAAUGGCCAUUUAUGUCACUUGUUUUCUGACCAUCCGUAGUAAAAACCUGAUAAGUUAUCCCAGUAAAUAAUCAACAGAUUAAUCGAUAACACAAUAGUUAGUCGCAGCCUUAGUUAGGAUGUUCUGAGCUUUUAAUAAUGCUAGAAAAAUAAGCUUUACACUGAAGUCACGACUUCACGUCAAACUGAGAAUAACUCUCCAGUUCCAGUCCGGUUGGAUAUUCGCUGUUCCCAAAAAAUGUCCCCGAGAGAGCUUUAGUCUUUGUCCUGUCCGGGUCCUGUAGCUGUCAGAGUGUCAGCUGUAAAUGUCUGUGUGUCACUCAUUGUGUCCAAGUGGCUCCAUACUUCAUAGAUGAAGACAAAGUAGAUGGUGUCUGUGAAUCUAGCUCCACAUGUUCCUGUUGUAAACUAGGCUGAUGUUUAAUGAAACUAUAGUCCUUUUCUUGUGAAUGUAAUCCAGCAGAAUCUGCUGUUUAAAGGAGCGGGUCGGGUCAUCCUGUAUCCCUUCAUUUUGCAAUAAACACUAAACUGAAGUUGGCCAUUUAUGCUUAUCCAGACUGUAAGUGCAUCGUUCAUCCUCUUUUUUCUUUUUUGAAUACAGCGAUAAAACCCUAAAAACAAUGUUUAACUGAUAUUUCAAAGUGUGUACCCCCCGUGCUGUGCUCAUUCAGUUGCUUGUGAACUUGGUAGGACUUCAGGAAGUUUGCUUUCUUCCCUUUUUCUUUCUUAAAUGAGAGCUUUGUAGACGUGUGCUGGGGGGUUCACGGUGCACCUGUGUGCGUGCUUUGGAUUGGUUGAAGAUGUUUUUGUUUGAAAUCUCUGAAGACUGAAAACCAUGAAUUUGCACGUCAGCUCUGAAAUCACAAAAUAUUGAAUUCAGAAACUCUAUUGCAUUUAUGAAAAAAGGAUCUUUUCUCCUUUUAGUGCGUCUUAGGGUUUGGUGUAGUUUCACGUGCGGCCACAUGGGGGCGCUAGAUGUUUUGUUACUUCGCUGAUCUGUUUUCUUGUCUGCGACAAUGAUCAUUUGCAACUUGCUGUAAAAGCCAUUUUCAACUUGGUUUGUGUAAAUGUGAACAUGUUGAAGACCAUAAAAACUGAAAUAUGCUGCUGCACCACAUAAUUUUAUAAUGUUUUCAAUAAAAUCGACUGAACCUGAA